GUCGUCGUUGCUACUCAAGAAACCUCUGGCACUUGCUUGGAUUGUUCUAAUAGUGCGUUUGAAAUUUUCCUCAAAUACCAAUCUAAAUAGUAGUUUGAUAUCUUCAAUUAUUAAGAAACUACAUGAAGUCCACGAAAUUGAAACAUUACCAAUAUUUCGGCAUAACACCUUCGACGAGGACUUCCCAAACUUUACGGAUUUAUUCAAAAUGAUCACCAAGGAUGCACCACUUCCUCAGUUACAUUUUGUUGAGUUUGCUAACGGCGAAUUGCACUAUCGUAUCAACUGUGAUCUGGCCUUGUCGAUAGUUCUUACUAAGCCUAAAUCAUAUGGUGUCCUUAAAACGGUUUCGGAAACUCUGAAUUUUAUACAUAAUUCCAAGAUGUUUAUUGUCCUAAGUCGACCGGUGGUGUUGCAAGACUUGAACUAUCUGCUGUAUUGGUUGGAGGAGGAGAAGUUUUUUCUGGUGGUGGUGCUUUUUGAAGAGAGAACUACGCAUCAGAUUCGUGUCUUCACCAUUGAUCCUCAUCCAAACUUCAAGUGGCUGAAUCGAACUGAUCUGAUUGACUCGGGCAAACUCUUUCUGCCUACAACAAACGACUUUAAACAGUAUCGCAUCGAAACGCCCUACAUAGAAGAUGUUCCAAGGGUCUUCUCGUACAAAUACAAGGGCAAGUUGCAUUUGGUGGGGAGGAAUGCCAACAUCAUAAUGAUGUUCGCAGAGUACAUGAACAUCAACCUCGUUAAAACUUUUCUACCGAACUCCGAUCUGAAAAUGGUGCUCAAGCAGCUUCCAUACAAGAAAUGGGACUUGAGUCUUCACUCCUAUUCGAUGUUCUAUUUAGAAGAUUUCGGCUGGAGCUAUCCACUUGACAUGAUCUACUUUUGUGUCAUAGUUCCGGUGCAUAGGGCUGUUCCGAAGAAUGAAUACUUUGUGACGGCGUUUGAUUCUGGAACUUGGGUUGCCGCUGGGUUUGGUGUCAUCUUCAUUGCAAUUUUCAUGAGCUUCGUCGAUCCAAGAAAGUCAUCGGUGGAGGAUGAUGCUGGAAUGCGGUACUUUUUCCGCAGCCUAACCUUGAUGAUGUAUACUCCGAACAUGUCGUGUCGUAUGGACCCUCCCACUAUUCGACAAUUUGUCUUCUACGCACAGGUUUUCCUCUUGGCCUUCGUACUGUCCUGCUUCUAUUCAACCUAUUUGACGAGUUUCUGCACGGAGAUGGUAUUCCGACCGCCCAUCGAAACCGUUGACGAUCUUGUUCGAGCGAACCUUCGGAUUAUGAUAGUGGACUAUGAAUUGGAGACAGCUCAAAAGUAUUCCCAUUUUGGGGAAAAGUUUCUGCAGCUUCUCUAUCCAGUUCCGUAUUUCGAGGUUAUCAAACGGCGGGAUAAUUUCGACCACAACUUUGCUUACACCAUUCAGCAGGACCGCUGGUUCUAUCUGCACAAACAGCAACGUGGGCUUAAUCAUCCUAUGUUUCGUAUGUCGAAUAUUUGCUUUGGGCCGCAUUACCUCAUGUUUCCUCUGCGUCAGAACUCCUAUCUGACACCAUAUUUGUUGGGGUUCUUUUUGCGGAUUCAGCAAGCCGGAUUGGAUUUUUAUUGGGAAGAGGAAGCAUUUCGCUUGGCAGUUGCAAUGAACUUCUCAAAAGUGUGGGUGGAUCGAACGGUGUUUGUUAAGCCACUGGAUUUGGAUUAUUUCCAUUAUGUUUUUGUUGGAUGGUUCGUUGGAUUGGCAGUGAGUUUUGUUAGUUUUAUGGAUGAGUUAUUCAGGAAACAGAAAUAUAAUAUUAUUUAAAUGUUCGAUACAAUUAUUAAAUGUAAAAGUU